GUGAGAAUUCAGAGCCACACUCACUCUGCUCCAGCCUCCAUUAUUCCACUCUCAACUCAACUGACUUGGUCUCUGUCAUUCUUGAUUCCAUUUCAAUGACCCUCUUGUUCUUCACCCCAUCUCGCCACCCCACCACCACCACCACCUCCACCACUUCGUUCUCUAUCCUACGCCCUCCUCCUUCUCUCAACCCACUUCCAUCCUCCUCCUCCUCCUCCCUCUUCUUCUCCCCCACCUCCCCAUCAACACGACUUCCCCUCCACAUCCUCUACCGCCCCUCCUCCCUUCCCCUCCUCUCUCCUCCACGCGCCGCCGCCUCCUCCUCCGCCGCCGUCGAUUCCCUCUUGCAUGAUGCCUCAGCCACCGCCCUCGUUCUCGCCGGCGCCUACACUCUCGUCCUCUGCUUCGAUUAUCUCACCAAGCGAGACCUCCUCCAACAGAGUUUGAGCAGAAAAUUGGUCCACAUAUCAUCUGGGCUGCUCUUCAUGCUUUCCUGGCCAAUUUUCAGCACGUCAACAGAAGCUCGUUACUUUGCCACUGUGGUUCCUCUCAUUAAUGGCUUGAGGCUUCUUCUAAGCGGCCUCUCCUUGGUGCCCAAUGAAGGACUAGUCAAAUCUGUCACUCGAGAAGGAAACCCAGAAGAAUUACUUAGGGGACCGCUGUAUUAUGUUCUUGUACUGAUCUUUUGCGCCCUAGUGUUUUGGCGUGAGUCUCCGGUUGGAAUGAUCUGCUUAGCAAUGAUGUGUGGCGGUGAUGGUAUUGCUGAUAUCAUGGGCAGAAAAUUUGGGUCUAUAAAGAUCCCGUAUAAUCAAAAUAAGAGUUGGGCUGGGAGCAUCUCCAUGUUUGUUUUUGGGUCCUUGGUUUCCCUUGGGAUUCUUUACUAUUACUCAUAUUUGGGGUAUUUUAAUUUGAAUUGGACGCAGACGGUGCAAAAGGUUGCAUUUGUUUCUUUGGUGGCUACGGCAGUAGAAUCCCUUCCAAUUACAGAGGUAGUGGAUGACAAUAUAUCUGUUCCAUUAGCAAGUAUGGCAGCCGCAUAUCUAACUUUUUGUUUGUAGCUUUUCAUACUCAAAUUUCAUCCCUAAAUACUUAAAUCAUCCGAUUUUAAUUUCAAGAUCAGUUUGGUCCUCAUUUUAGUUAGCUUGUUGACAUAUGGGAAUCACUGGUUGCGCUGAUGAGACCUUGCUCAAUCUGUGACCAUGUGUUCAUCAAUUUUUGGAAUUUCUAAUGGUCAUCUUUCUUUAUUGAUGUUUUGACUGGAAUGC